UUUGACAAUCAAAAUGUCAAAUGGCAACAUCAAUAAAAUUCCAAUAUGUCAGUCGAGCUCAGAAAGUACAGAAAAUGCCUUUGCAGUCAUUUUGUACAUAAAAUUUAGUAAUAAUUAUGUGAAUAUUAGUUAAAGAUGGCUCAAUAAUGCAAAAGUGGAAUUGUUUUAAUUUGUAUUGUUUACUAGAACUCAAUGAGUUACGUUUUCUUAGUUGAUUAAGAUAAGGAGGACGAAAAUAAUUUGUUAUUUAUUUAAUGUUUCGACCGAAGCUAAACCGUGGAUGCAACAGUGAUCGGAAUAGUGGUGUUGUUAGGCGUGUUUGUACAGAUUUCUAUUUAUUAAGAUUAAGAUUUGUUGUAAUGUAAAUAAAAAAUACUGUUUGCACGCGCAUGCGUUUCCAUCGAAAACAGACAAAGGUUUUGUGUGGUUCGAAAAUCAGCUGUGUGUGCGAUGGCUUAGUGAUACGAAAAGUGUGUGUUUGUAAGCGACAAUGUUUAGUGAAAUUGGAUACAUAAUUCUUCUGCUCCUCGCCUUUCCUUACAUAGAAAGUGCAUCCCGGCGGCUCAGUGAAUAUGUGGAACACUACGAGCCCCUGGAGUAUGACGCAAAAGUCGUCCACGCACAUCACAAGCGAACGCGUCGCUCGGCCAGCCCGCCAGACCUUCACAUCAGCUUCCACGCCCACGGGAGGCACUUCAAAAUGCGUCUGCGGCGCGAUCUGUCUGCCUUUAGCGAGGAUUUUAAGGUGGAAGGAUCUCAGGGUCAACUACAUGACGUUGACACAUCACACAUCUACCAUGGAGAGUUGGUUGAUGAACCGCAGUCAACAGUUUUCGGCUCGGUGACGGACGGUGUGUUCGAGGGGAAGAUUGUGCUGAACGACGGCGCUUACUAUGUGGAGCACGCGCGGCGCUACUUCCCGCCGAACGGGACGCGCACACGUGUGCACUCCGUCAUCUACCGCGAGGGUGACGUCGUGGACCCCUACGCGCAUAGAAGACACGGUCACGUUGGAGGGUGCGGUGUCACAGACGAGGUUGUACAAUGGAUGGAGCGCAUACAGAACUCGGGUGUGGAUGACGACCCUCCCGUGUCUGCCACUCCCACGCACACGUACCAGUCGCCGGCGCCCAACUCGCAGCAUCCUAACAGCUUGAGGGAUGAUUCGUCCAGGAAUUGGGACUUCCAUCAUUACAACAAAUAUUCGCGCGCCGCGAACACGGGCGAACAUUCGCGCGCUCGGCGAGCGGCGUCGGACGAAAAGAUUAGAAAUAUGUGUUCACUCUACAUACAGACUGAUCCGCUAAUAUGGCGGCAUAUUAGGGAAGGUUUUCCUGACCACCGAGACCCGCACAAAAGAAGCGAGGUGGACGCCAAGACCCGCGAAGAGAUCCUCUCGCUGAUAUCGCACCACGUGACCGCAGUCAACUACAUCUACCGGUACACGAAAUUCGACGGCCGCAAGAAGGAGCACCGGAACAUACAGUUUGAAGUUCAAAGAAUAAAGAUCGACGACGACUCCCUGUGCACGCCACAUGUAUUCGGAAGCGAAACGAACCAGUUCUGCUUGGAGAACAUCGACGUGUCAAAUUUUCUAAAUCUCCACUCACUCGGCAACCACGAGGACUUCUGUCUUGCCUAUGUGUUCACGUACAGGGACUUCACUGGAGGCACUCUGGGGCUAGCAUGGGUGGCAAGCGCCAGUGGCGCCUCCGGUGGCAUCUGCGAAAAGUACAAGACGUACACUGAGACAACUGGGGGCAUGUACCAGAGCACCAAACGCUCGCUCAACACUGGCAUCAUCACCUUCGUCAAUUACAACAGCAGAGUGCCGCCUAAAGUCAGCCAACUCACUCUGGCACAUGAGAUCGGACAUAACUUUGGCUCUCCGCACGAUUACCCAUCGGAAUGUCGCCCGGGAGGGCAAGAGGGCAACUACAUAAUGUUCGCGUCCGCAACGUCGGGCGACCGGCCCAACAACAGUCGCUUCUCCACCUGUUCCGUGGGCAACAUCAGCGCGGUGCUGGACGCGGUGCGAGACGGCCGGAAACGAGACUGCCUUAAAGAGAACGCGGGUGCCUUUUGUGGGAACAAGAUCGUUGAAGACGGCGAAGAGUGUGACUGUGGUUACAACGACAAGGAAUGUAACGAUCGUUGCUGCUACCCGAGGCAGCUGAGCAACUACGAUGUAGAGAGAAACAGCUCAGCGAAAGGAUGUCAGAGGAGAGCACAUACACAAUGCAGUCCGUCGCAAGGUCCGUGCUGCAACGCCAAUACGUGCGAGUUCGUGUCGGCAGUGACCAAUCAGACGUGCCGAGAAGCCACCGAGUGCAGUCACGCCUCAUUCUGCUCCGGCCGCUCUGCCGAGUGCCCCUCCCCGCGAGCCAUGAACGACCACACCAAGUGCAAUAAUGGCACACAGCUAUGCAUCAAAGGUGAAUGCAGUGGUUCCAUAUGUCUCGCGUGGAAUAUGAAAGAGUGCUUCCUAUCCUCGUCACCCACUAAGAUAGGCGACGGAGUUACGGCGGUUGUGAACCGAAGAGCACUGUGCCAAUUGGCCUGCCAGACAGGGCCCGACCCUGAGUCCUGUAGGAGUACUGCAGAGUUUGCUCACCAAGUGGGCCUGCCAACUGGUGGUAUCAGUUUAAGACCUGGAUCCCCUUGUGAUAACUUCCAGGGCUACUGUGAUGUGUUCCUGAAAUGCCGCGCAGUGGACGCCGAGGGUCCACUAGUGAGGCUGAAGAAUCUGCUGCUGAACCGCGCGACGUUGCAGACAGUGCAAGCGUGGGUUACAGAGCAGUGGUGGGCCGUGCUGCUCGGCGGAGUGGCCCUCAUCGUGUGCAUGGGCGCCUUUGUCAAGUGCUGCGCUGUUCACACGCCCUCCUCCAAUCCGAAGAGACCGCCUGCAAGGCGAUUGUCGGAGACGCUCCGUCGGCCGAUGAACACGCUGCGGCGGAUGCGCGGCGCGGCGGGCGAGGCGCGGCGCGCGGGCAGCGCCCAGCGCGCGCCGCGGCCCGGCCACCGCCGCGCGCGCCAGCACAAGGGGUAUGCGCCGCCGCUCGCGUACGCCGCGAGGGACCUCGCGUCCGCACCGGCGGGACCAGCGGGCCCCAGCGCGCGGCGCGCGGAGCCGUACGCCAACGCGUACCCGCAGUCGUACGAGAUGCGGCCCCCGCAGAAGGUCUGACAGUACGGCGCGGCGGGCGGGGUGGGGGGCGUGGGGGGCGCGGCGGGUGGCGCUGGGGAGGCGCAGCUGGAGCUGGUGGCGCUGGCGCCGGGCGUGCCGCUGCUGCUGGGCUACGUGUGCCGCGCGCCCGCCGAGCGGUCCACCGUCGCCUCGCAGACCACCAUCACGCUGCACUCGCCCGACACGCUCGCCGUCGCGCACCACCCGCCCCAGGACCCCGACCAGCGGAACAAGUGAGCGACGGACGUUGUGCCACUGUGAACUUGUUGGACUCUGAUAAAGAAGCCCAAUUCAUUUUGUGAUCAGCCCUAAAUAAGCCCCACUUAUUUGUGACCGACCCGGGUUAUUCUAAAGUUCACGCUCGCCCUUUCGCACCAUGCGCCCCAUGAGCGGCAGAACAAGUAAGCGUGGAUAUUGUGCCACUGUGAAUGUAUAGACUUGGUUAAAAAGCCUGAAUAAUUUGUGAGCAACCCCGUUAUUCAAUAACGCUUACGUGAAUUUGGCGCACCAAGCGCCCUCUUAGCAUGAGCCCGAUAAGCGGAACAAGUAAGCGACAAACUUUGUGCGACUGUAAAGUUGUUGAACUCUGAUACAAAAGCUCGAAUAAUUUGGGACUGGCCUUAAUAAGCCUGAUUAAUCAGGCUCAUUAAGGCUGUUAAGUUUGCGACCAACCCGAGUCAUUCUAUACAGUUCACGCGCAUCACUCUCUAUCUCCAAACCAGCAUUAUAAGGAAGCCAAAACCGCAAUUUAUUUAAAAACCGUAUGAAAUGUUAGCUCGCGACUCUUGUGCAAAAGCGGCUAAAUGUGAGAAAAAGUUAUAAAUGAAGUAAAUCCUCUAAUCGAUCAAAGCUGUCAGAACUCCUGUUUUUGGUAAUGUCUACAUGAACUUUUUCUAAAAUUGAAAGGGUUAGGGCGUAUGAGUGACUUGUUUGCAUCAGAGUUUCGUUACUCCCGGAUGACACGUGAGAGCCAGAAUUCUUAUAGGUUCGAUUUGCUAGUUGUUGAAAUUCAUUGAUCAUCAUGAAUUCAAAAAUAUAUUUGAAAACUAACGGUUUUUUACUUUGUACUAGUUUGAACUUGUGGCUCAACACCCACACUCUUUAAAGCUGUAGACAUAGCGUGUCUUGAAAGAUGUGCUACGAAAAUGAAGCGAUUCUAUUCCUUAUUUCACAUACUUCCAUGGAUUGUAUAUUUGUAAUGGAAUGAUGGUGGACGAAACGUUUAUUUUAGCACAGUUAACCCAUUCUAUUAUUGCGUCAUCGCUGAACCAACAAGUUAGAUCGUGAUCUAUGAAUAGGUAAUUAACUAUUUGUUAGUAUGAAAAUAUAUUAGCAUUACCUCUUAGAACAUACCUACUCGGAACAGUUGGAUCUGCUUCUGCAUUGUCAGAAAUCUGAAUUGAUACCAGAUAAAUUCAUGCCAUUUUAAUCUAGACCUUCCCCUGUGUCCGUAUUGCUCAAAUAAAAACUUUCCCAAUUUUCGUUCCAUAUUCAAUAUCUUACUUUCUCCUCCAUUUUUUCAUUAUGACUGAUUUAGAAAGAAAACCAUAGAUUUCUGGAUACUAAGAAGUAUCCAGAAAGUAGUCGGAAGUCUAGGGUGAGAUCUAUAGGCCGCACUCAGUCUUCGCUUAGACUUAAGACAGAGUUAAAACGAGACAGAUAUAUAUAUCUCUAACAUAAAUCUGUCUCGUAUUAACUCAAUCUUAAGUCUAAGCAAAGUCGAAAGUGCGCUCUAUAAAUCUCACCCUGAGGCUCCCUCGAUUUCUUUUCCAAAAUAAGCGCGAAGUCAGAAAUCGAGUAAAGCGAGCGCGAUAUUUUUCCGUGUUCAACCCUCCCUGCCAAAAUAAUACUUACCAUAAAGCUUUCAUGUCAAAAUAACUCAUGUACUCUCUGAAGAGAUUGAUAUUAUAAUAGGUACUGAAAUAACGACAUUCCAAGACAACUAAUACUGCCUGUGAGUUUAGCCCAUGUUUGAGAGUAUGCUUGCGUAAUAAAUCCAGGCUGUAGCCAGCAACAAGUAAAGUUACUGAAUAUCCGUACACAUACAUUUCUAAAAGUCGUGCAGUUAAUACAAUUAUAUUGCGACAACUUCUGUUUAAGUAUACUUCAUAUUCUGAGGGAUAUUGAUUUUUACUUUACUUUGUUUCAGGCUACGGCCCUGUAGAGUUUGAUGGUGAUGUCAACUUUAUUGUUCAUAAAUCUUAAAUUGGCUAAAUUAGAAGUAGGUAUUGCCAAGAUUCUUUGUGAUAAAGAACAGCUUUGUUCUUAGUCAUACCAAUUUAGAUUUUGAACAAUGAAGUUCAUAUCAUUAAUUAAUUGAAUGAUAAUAAACCCCAUACAGGGCAGUGCUGUACAAGGCAUAAAAUCACUGCCUGACUUAGUGGGAAUAGUUGAAUGCUCAUUUUUCAACAUGCCAGUAAAUAUGUAACCUACAAACAAUGUCUACCCUGGCUUCGAACUCAGGCACGCCACUGGUACCGGGGUAUACUUGUAUUCAGUGGCGUGCACAGGAUUUGAGCCAUGGAAGACAUUGGUAAGGUAUAUUUUUACUGUUAGGUCAUAAUGAAGAAUGAACGUUGAGCUACUUCUUUUAGAGUCAUAUUGCCCCUGAAUAUGAGGGGAUAGAAGCACUCCUCAUCCCCAUAGAAACACUGCCUAUCCCUGAAUUCAGGGGUAGGCAGUGCUUCUAUGGCCUGCACCCUGCUGUUUGAAUUGGAUUUAGUAUUUUACCUUCCACAGGGCCCUUCCACAAUAGUCGCGGUGCGACGUCGUUCUUGCGAUGCGUGUUCAGUGUGAUUCCCAUGUAAAUUCCUACGAUGCGUUGUCGUACAAUUUUAUGAUGCGACCGCGCACCGUAAGUAUUGUGAAAAGGCUCAUAGUUCAACAUCGGCAAUGAGACGGGCUUCGGCGCAAGUAGCUCAAGAGAAGUUCCGCGAGCCUAACCAAAUGGUGUUCUAUCAAAUUAGCCAUUAUUUUUAUACGAGAUGAAUAGAAUAGGGCGUGAAGAUCCACCAGUGACGCUCCGACCGGACAUUUAUGUAUAUUUUUGUAUAUAAAUGACAAGUAUAUAAAGGCUACAAUGUAAAAAAUAUCAUGCAAAUACUUACCUACUAUAAACGUACCGAUACUAGACUAAUGUAAGGUUACUGCGUUAUUUUACUGAAUCUCCGUAAGUGUAAUUUUUAUAUAAUGUUAUUUUAAUGUAAAGUUAUAAUAACGUAAGCGGAACGUUGAGGUGCCAUUAUACCAAUUUGUAUUCCAAGUUUUGUUACUUCCUGUGUCUUUUAUAAUGUGAUUUCAUGAGUGAUUGAAAAAAUGUAAAGAAACCCGAGGGCUCAAAUUGUUGACUAAUACUUUUGUAAGGUUUUCACUCGAUAUCAUUUGAAACUUCAAAGUUUAUUAUUAUGAAUGUUUGUCGUCGACGUUUUUCGUCGCGUUACAAUUAAUUAGUUACAAUUUAUUUAAAAAAUAAAAAUGAAAGCUUAUAUUAAUUAGUCUUCCUUAUGACAACUUAACGAUAAUUGUUUACUUUGAUUUGUAGAUAAUGUAAUGUGAAAUUUGAACAGUAUUGCCAAAUGAUCAAAUGUUACUACUAGACUGAAAAAUUUUCUCAACAUUAUUGUAAUGAAAUUUGCAUUUCUAAUUUAUUCCGCUCGAUGCGGUUAUUUGGCUCAAAUGUACUUUAUUAAGUGUAUGAUAACACUGGAAUUUAUAGUCGAAAUAGGGGCUUUUUUAGGGGGCCAUUCAGAUGACAUGUGUCAUAUCAACCUUUACGCAAUGCGUUAUGUUGAAUAAUGACACAUGUCAUCUGAAUGGUCCCCUAGAGAAGCCCCUAUCUUGACUAUGAAUUUGAGUGUAAAUGUAUGAUUUAUAAUUUAGCGAGGUGUACCACUUACGAGUAGCAUAUCAGAAAUAACACUCACUAAUGCAUAUAACAUAAACUCAAUCUGUUGUAUAGUUCAGUUGAAUUGAUCUCUAAGUAUUAUUUUUUCAAAUGUAUUUCAUAGUGUAACAUUCGUCGUGCAAGCCAAAGAGCAUGAUGUAUUUUUAUGAUUUCUAUACAUUAAUGUUAAGAGUCAAUCUUUUUAAGUGACGUCCACGGUAUUACAAUAUUUCUUUACAGUGGGGCAACGCUUAUCUCUGGCGAAGCCACCAAUGUAGUAGGUUAAGGUAUUUAAAUUUUAAAUAUAUAGGCACAUUGCAUCGGCAAGAUACCUAUCAACAAAAUUGGGAAUAAAACAAUAGGUAGUGACUCAGUGAUAAAAUAUAGAAGCCCAAACUUGUAUAUGGGACAAAAACAAGUACUAAAUUACUUGUUUUUUGUUGCAGUAAAAAGAGACAGUGUUAUAUCGCUGACAUAAAUAUGUCUCGUUUUAACGGAAACUUAAGUCUGAGCAAGGUCCGAGUACGGUCUAUGGAUCUCAGUCGAUGAAGCUCGCCGAUUCUCCUCCACUAAAGUUGCUCAACUGUAUGUAUUGUAAAACUGUGGUAAUAGUUGAAUGCCAUUUUAAUAUGAAUAAAUUGUAAUGCUCCUUUUAUACAUUGGCUCAACGCGCUCGGCGAAUGUGUAUAAGUUCCCUUGUUGUACUCGAACAUUUGCUAUGUGCGAACAGCGCUGGCUAUUGCCGACUAGUGUCGGAUUCGGUGCACACAUCAAGGGAUCAAUCAUUCGUUGAGCGCCAUUCGCCAAACACGUUGGGCUAACGUGAAGUGGAGGCUUCAGUAAUACACAAGUUCUUGUAAUUUGUAAUAUAAAUAUUGUAUAUUUGUAUGUAAACCACGAGGGUAAUGUUUCCGUUGUAGCGUGACUCGACCAAUCGUCUAUUUGAUGGUAAGUAACCAUCGUGUAGUAAUCAAUGGCAUUAUGUCUUCUAAAUGUAAGCUAGUUUACCUACAAUAGAAUAUUUAAAUGACAAUGUGAAUAUUUUUAAUUAAAAACAUGAAUGUUACAACAUGUGAUUUCAAAAUAACAAAAAAUACAAUAAAUUUUACAUGAA